CAGGACACAAAGCAUGUUUCACCUGAUCACAAAUCUGUAGCAGGAGAGGAAUGUGAUGUUGCACUAUUGUUUUGUGUGUUGAAAAUAUCAAGACAUAAAAUACAAUAAUUAAAACAUACCAUUAGGAUCAAACUGUCAACAUCUAGAUAUCAUCAAAGCACGUGUCCUGAACUGAGGAGAGUCUAUUACAGACCACAAGGAGGGAGUGGCUGUGGUCGUGUCCUCACAGUAGACUCCCACCUUGAACUUCAGAUGCUCAGGCCUUUACAGUGUCUGUCACUUUUGCAGAAGGCAGCACACCUGAAUAAUUCAGCUGUUUAGAGGCACCUCAGAAAACUCGAAAAGCUUUGAAGUAACAAUGGGUGCCGUUCAGAGCUUCAGGGAGAUGUGCGACCGUCCAAAAAAUACUAACGUUCGUCUCAGUCUUCCAGCAGUUUGCAUCGUGUGGCAGACGGCCAUGAUCAUCCUGUUUGGAGUUUUUAUCCGAUACAACGAGGAGUCAGAUACACACUGGGUGGAGUACAAAAAAGAAAAUAACAUACCAAGUGACAUUGAGAAUGACUUCUACUUCAGAUAUCCAAGUUUCCAGGAUGUCCAUGUGAUGAUCUUUGUUGGAUUUGGCUUCCUGAUGACGUUUCUGAAGCGGUACAGCUUCGGUGCAGUCGGCUUUAACUUCCUCAUCGCUGCCUUUGGUCUCCAGUGGGCGCUGCUGAUGCAGGGCUGGUUCCACUCGCUGGAUUACACUGAUGGGAAAAUCAAGAUUGGAGUUGAAAAUCUGAUCAAUGCAGAUUUCUGUGUGGCCGGCUGCUUAAUUGCCUACGGGGCAGUGCUGGGUAAAGUCAGUCCAGUCCAGCUGAUGGUUUUGACGUUGUUUGGGAUCACGUUGUUUGCUGUGGAGGAAUAUAUCAUCCUGGAUCUCAUACAUGCCCGAGAUGCUGGAGGCUCCAUGGUGAUCCACACAUUUGGAGGAUAUUACGGUCUUUCCAUAUCAUGGAUGCUCUACCGGCCGAACCUGGACCAGAGUAGCCGUCUGCAGGGCUCCGUCUACCACUCAGACCUCUUUGCUAUGAUUGGCACCCUUUUCUUGUGGAUGUUUUGGCCCAGCUUCAACUCAGCUAUCACAGAUCACGGGGACGGGCAGCACAGAGCCGCCAUCAACACCUACCUGGCUUUGGCCUCCACUGUGCUCACCACUGUGGCUGUUUCAAGCCUCUUUCAGAAGCACGGAAAACUAGACAUGGUUCACAUCCAGAACUCCACACUGGCUGGAGGCGUUGCAGUAGGAACAGCAGCAGAGUUCAUGCUGAUGCCCUAUGGCUCUCUUAUCGUUGGGUUCUGCUGUGGUAUCCUCUCCACUCUGGGAUAUAUCUACCUCACGCCGUUCAUGGAGAAGUACAUGAAGAUCCAGGACACGUGUGGAAUCCACAACCUCCACGCCAUGCCAGGAGUCAUAGGCGGUAUCGUUGGGGCCAUUACUGCUGCAGCUGCAUCCGAGUCGGUUUACGGCGCUGAAGGGCUGAUUAACACCUUCGACUUUGAGGGUGAAUUUAAAAACAUGGUUCCCACAAAGCAAGGCGGUCACCAGGCGGCAGGCCUCUGCGUGGCUAUCUGCUUCGGCAUAGGUGGAGGAAUCCUUGUCGGUUUUAUCUUAAGAUUACCCAUCUGGGGAGAUCCUGCAGAUGACAACUGUUUUGAUGAUGAGCCCUACUGGGAGCUGCCAGAGGAUGAGGAGAGCAUCCCUCCAGUCCUGCAGUACAACAACCACGCCAUCAACAAAGAUGUAGCGGAGUCAAAUUUCACCAUGGAACAGAACUGAUGUUAGGCCUCCAUCUACAUCACACUCAUUUUUAAUGGCUCAACGCUGGACUAAAACUCCCCUAAACAUAACUUCUAUCUUUAUUUAAAACCACAUUUUGUAUUAUGUUUGCUUCAAAACGGUUCAACUUGCACUUUCAGGAGCUUUAAUGUGCAGAACGUUCAGGCAAGUUUUGCUCUCAGCUUCCUUUUGUUUCUUGUUUUUUUUCCAAAGCGACAUCUCAUCCUUUGAAACUGAAUCUAAAUCAGUUUUUGUGCAUCUUCAUAGAGAUUUUUUUUUUAAAUGAGAGUUAUUUAUCUUGUGACUGAUUAUAGAUUUUUAACAAGUAAGAGCUGAGCAUUUAGUAACACUUUACCUUAACACAGCUUACUUAAAAGAAGUAUACAAACACUCAAUAAAUGGUUUAGAAGACACUGUAAGUGUAGCUAUAAGCACAUUUUAAGUGUUUUUAUACCAUCAUUCAUUAUUUCCACUUAUUGGUGCUUACAGCUGUUAUAUUUGUUGACAAAUGCAUUAAUUAACACACUUAUAAUGAUUAGGAUGUGUCAUAAACCACUUAUUAAAUGUUUAAAUACUGCUUAUAAAUGCUAACGUAAAGUGUUAUGUCAUAUUUUAUUCCACUUCAUCAAUCUGGAAAUGAAUGAUUUUGUCAACCGCAAAUGUUUGUACAUUUAGACACUGUACACAGUAGAUUAUUUGUUCUACUGUUUUGAAAAGUUUAAUGGUAAUGUAAUUUUGAAAAUUCAUUAAGAAUUAUUAAUAAACUAUUGGAAUUACAUAAUGAUUGUUGUACCCAUUUUUUUUUUAGCACUUUAAUGCAUGUAAGUGCUUUAAGAAAUGAACAUUUUGUAUAAAACAAUGGAUUAAAUGUCCAAGAAUUACCAACA